AUGCUUGCCCGGAAAGGAAUCAUUCAUGAAGAAUACUUAAUCACUCGUCUGGCAGAAGAUAGUUCUGCACAUCCCCAAUACAAAGCCAAGACUAGAAGAGCAAGAUUUGUGACCAAGAAUGGAGCCUGCAAUGUGGCCCAUAAAAAUAUUCGUGAACAAGGACGAUUCCUGCAAGAUGUCUUUACUACAAUGGUGGAUCUCAAGUGGCACCACAGUUUACUUAUUUUUACCAUGUCAUUUAUAUGCAGCUGGAUGCUUUUCGCUAUGGCUUGGUGGCUCAUUGCCUUUGCGCAUGGAGACCUGGACCCCAGUCGUAACUCAGUAAUACCUUGUGUCACUAAUAUCCAGUCUUUCACAUCAGCAUUUCUUUUCUCUAUUGAGGUUCAGGUUACAAUUGGAUUUGGAGGUCGCAUGGUGACUGAACAGUGUCCGUUGGCUAUAACAAUUCUUAUUAUCCAGAAUAUAUCUGGACUGAUCAUCAAUGCAGUCAUGCUGGGGUGUAUAUUUAUGAAAACUGCUCAAGCCAACCGUAGGGCUGAAACUCUUAUAUUUAGUAGACAUGCUGUUAUAGCCUGCAGGGAUGGAAAAUAUCGUUUUAUGUUCCGUGUUGGUGACUUGAGAAAAAGUAUGAUUAUUAGUGCUUCUAUCAAGAUUCAAGUAGUGAAGAAGACGACCACUGCUGAGGGUGAAGUGAUUCCUAUCCAACAAGUGGACAUCCAGGUGGAGAACCCUGUGGGAACAAAUUCCAUUUUUCUGGUGUCGCCCCUAAUUAUUAGCCAUACUAUUGAUGAAAAAAGCCCCCUUUAUAACUUCUCAGCUUACGACCUUAGUAAUCAAGACAUAGAAGUAGUGGCACUUUUGGAGGGAGUGGUAGAGACCACAGGUAUAACUACCCAGGCCAGGACAUCAUAUUUGCCAGAAGAAAUCCUUUGGGGACAUCGUUUUGUACCAAUUGUCGCAGAGGAAGAUGGCAGAUACUCAGUGGACUAUUCCAAGUUUGGAAAUACAGUGAAAGUUAAGGGCCCUCUAUGUAGUGCUAAAGACCUAUUAGAAGGCAGAUAUGCUGGACUUCCUAGAAAUAAUAACCAAUCUAAUAUACUUAAAAAGAGAAAAGUUGACAGUAAAGAAGAAAUUUUAAAUGACAAAAACAAUUCCACACAAAAUACAUCUAGCGAUUCCUCUUCAGAUUCAUAAUGACUUUAUUUAACAAAAACAGAGUCACUUUCCCUUAUUUUUGUAAAUCUUUUUCAACAUGGAUAGAUAGAUUAUAAUACUUAAAAGUAUAAUGACUGUGUAUUAGGGGUAUCCAUUUUUUACAUGAGGGAUAAUUCUGAUUUU